GCUCGUCGCGCCAAAGACAUGAGUUUGCCCUUGACGCCCCUGCUACAGUACCACCGAUUGGGAAAAAAGGAGAAGCGUUGAUGGCGCCUUGAUUACUUGAUGCCGAUCAACUCUCCGGCCGAAAUGAAAUUGGAUGCAGUUUAUCCUGCAGCUUUCCCCUACUCAGUACCUUUUCAUACCUACUCGUCCACUUGUCCAAAAACCCUCUCUACAUCGCUUCACGGCAGACGACCCUCGGGACAACCGUACCCAACUUGCAGAUAGCAACCUCUAUCACCACUUCCACCAGCUUCACAUUCAGUGUGCGCCUUGAACUUUGAUUUCUACACACAAUCACCAAUAUUCAAUCAAUCAAUCAUGGAUCAACCACCAAAUACUUCGCGCCUGUCUGGUCUUCCUCGACCUUCAAGGCUUCCCGCUCCAUCCAAGCUACCUGUAAUGCGCCCAGCUCUGCGAGCUGCCGCAUCUCGAGAUAAUCUUCAACAACCACCAAAGCAAGCCAUCGCCAAUCCCAAAUUACGAAGCACUCCUUCCCGCGAGCACUUGUCUGCCACAUCGACCCGACCACGCAUACCUUCUACUCCAUCCCGAGCUCGUGAUACCUUGACGGUCCUCCCUCAAGACCGCAAUGUCUCUAUUGGUAGCGUUCUCCACACGCCUACCCAACGACUCUCACGCAGAACGAGCCAUGAUACGCUAUAUAGAAAGCCUUCGCAGACUUUUUUCGGCGAGCAACAGACUACGCCGGUGAAGAAUAGAGAAGAUUCGGCGCAUGAAAGCGCGUUGCUCGAGGAAUCAGAAGAACCAGACGUCGAUUCAACGGUUCGCUCUCGAAAAGCCCCUCGCCCAUCGUUAGCCGAGAGAACAAUGGAGACUUUGCAGAGUAUCCCUUCUUCUCCUGCAGUAAGAAGGAGGGGUUCCAGCUUUUACGGCACAGAAAAUCCAAUGCGAUCACUGUCGAGUGGAAUAUCCUCAAGACCCGGUUCCAGCCAUCAACCAGAUGGUGCAAUGCACCCACCAACACGCUCCUUUUCAAGACCCGGUUCCAGCGCUGGUCAACCUCACUCGUUGAUGACGGAUUUCCGAGCCAAUACAAAUACAACCAAGCACCCAGUGUCUGGUUUUGCCUCUGCACGUCCAUUGACCGGUAGGUUGGUCAAAAAGCCAUCCAAUAUACAGCUCCAUCCACAAACGCCGACUACGUCUUCCUCCAAGCUGCCAUCGCCUAUAUUCAGUGUAUCACCACCUGCACGAAUCCCAACCCCCGCAAAAAGUCCCAAUGAUGGAGCGAUCAAAGGUAGGAGUGUUUCAGCACGUCCAUUAAAACCUCGCGCAUCUGUAAACGGACUUUUUCGUAAGCCAUCUAUGACUACCUUGGACAAAUCUAGCAAUAUAGAUAGAAUUGGGUUUAAUUCCAAGAAGCAAUCUACGUUCUCGAACACGUCAUCUGAAGGAGCUUCGACAACAUCCAGAAUCUCAACAUUAACUUCGGCAACCACUACCUCGGUUGACAACAAUGAUACCGCCAAAAGCUCUUCCAAUGCACUUCGAGAUCAAAUAGCCAAGGCAAAAGCUGCAAAACGGGCGUCCGCCAUAAAGUUGACACCCGUCUUGACUUCGAGAGAGGACGAGGAAAUACCUGUGAUUCCAAGCGCUACUUUUGAUUUCGGUCUCUCGGAUGAUCCGUUCAGCCAACAUAUGAGCGAAAAGGGAGUGAAGGGUCUCUUACGAAAGCGUGUUGAUGCUGCACGUUCAGACGGGCGUUUGAACAUUGCCGCAAUGGGUUUCAAAGAGAUCCCUGAAGAAGUAAUGAACAUGUAUAGUCUUGAAGCCGCUGGAGGCUCAUGGGCUGAAGCUGUUGACCUCACGAAAUUUGUCGCCGCUGAUAAUGAAUUUGAGAGACUGGGCGAUGAUGUCUUUCCCGAUGUUGAUCCCCGAGACAUGGCGGAUGACGAGGAUGCCAAGGGGAAUCAAUUUGGCGGCUUGGAGACUCUAGAUCUGCAUGGCAAUGUGCUGAUAGAAUUACCAAUUGGGUUAAGACGGCUUGAGAUGCUUACCUCCUUGAAUCUUGUAGGUUUUGUUUAUAGCAAGACCACGUCAUAUACUAACAUCUUGCAGUCAAACAACAAACUCGGAAACAAUUGCUUUGAGGUCAUUUCUCAGCUUCCCUCCUUGCGUGAUCUCAAGCUUGGUGGGAACGAAUUGACCGGACCGUUAGAUGAGAGAAUAUCCGGACUUACCAGUCUCGAAUCUCUAGAUUUGCAACGCAAUGCGCUCGUGUCCCUUCCCGAUGGUCUCGCGGAGCUUGUCCGUCUACGAGUAUUCAAUGUCAAAGAGAAUAAAUUGACCUCUCUAUCUUUCGGAGCAUUGCGAAACCUACCUCUCACUGAAAUACUGGCAUCGAAGAACAAACUUUCUGGUGUUCUAAUUGAUAUUGAGAUAGAAGAGCUCUCGAAACUUCAAGUUCUGAAUGUCGCUUGCAAUUCGCUUACAAGGAUUAGCGAAGGAGACAUUGCCCUUCCUAGCCUUCAUCAGCUGAACUGCUCGUCUAAUCGGCUGUCGGAUCUUCCUGAACUGACAUCUUGGGUCAGUCUGUUGACUCUUGCAGCGGAAGAUAACAGUAUCUCAUCUAUUCCUGACGGCUUUACCACUCUGCCAAAAUUAAAAUACGCAGAUUUCACUGGCAACAAUAUCAAAGUUCUGAACGACAACAUUGGAGCAAUGGAUAGCCUGGACGCUUUCAGAAUCAGUGGAAAUCCAUUGAGGGAGAAAAAGUUUGUCAGUAUGGCAACUGAUGAGCUGAAGCGAACAUUAAAAGCAAGAAUGACACCAACACCAGAGCGUGAGAGCAGCAACACAUUGCAGGCCGGCGGGGACUCUUCUUUUGGUUCGGUCCCACCACCACCGCUAUCCCCACGGUCACCUUCGAUGAAUUGGCCUAUCAAGUUUGGAAAUGUCCUUGAUCGAUCGAAUACUCAGUCUCAUUCCUUGAAUCCCGUUGCAGUGGCCCAUAUCGCCACGAAUCACAGCAUCAAGACCUUGGAGUUGCACCAUAAUCUGUUCAAAGAGAUUCCUAGUUCAAUCGCCUUCUUCGCGGCUACCUUAACAUCUCUGAAUAUCGCGCAUAACGAAUUAAAUAACGACAGCUUCAUGAAGGACGAUCUCGACUUGCCAAUGCUAAAAGAGCUGAACAUCAGUUCGAACACGUUGAACUCGCUACAGCCACUCAUGCAGCAUUUGAUUGCACCACAGUUGGAGAAACUCGACUUCAGUUUUAAUCGACUUACAACAUUUCCAGUUUUGAGACAACAUUUUCCAAAUCUGGUGAGUGUAUUUGCUUCAAACAACACAAUCAGAGAGCUGGCUCCGGAGAAUAUCAAGGGACUGAGAAUACUGGACUGUAGCAGCAAUGAGAUUAACAGUCUCAAUGCUCGAAUUGGAUUACUUGGUGGGCCAGGUGGUUUGGAGCGACUGGACGUUAGUGGUAAUCGGUUUAGGGUUCCAAAAUACACGGUUUUGGAGAAAGGAACGGAAGCUACGCUUGCAUGGCUAAGAGAUCGGAUUCCGGGCAACGAAACGAGUAACACGGAUACAGACUAACGCGACGCAUUGGAGGGAGUUUAAGGGAUGAACUUUGGGAAUUACUUGAUGGGGUUGCUGGCGUCGAUCCGUGUCGGAUGGUUCUUGAGUGUAUAUUAGUUGCCAGACAGAUAACUUGCUUGUAGAAGUAUUAUAUGUUAAUAGUAGUCAUAAUCAAACAAAUAUCUAAUAUCAA